AAAAGCAAAGCAAGAGCAAGUGACUAAGGGAAGAACCACCCACCAGAAGAAACAAACAGGAAGAAUGAUGGAGAAAACGAUGAAUUCUUCGAACCCUCUCCUCGUUUCUGUUCUCGCGGUGUUCCCGAUCCUGUGUUUCGUCAUUCUGAUCAAACACGUGAAAUCUCGCGGGAAGAAUCUUCCGCCGUCGCCCAGAAAGCUUCCGAUCAUCGGAAACCUUCAUCAGAUCGGAGAUCUCCCCCACAAAACCCUCGAAGCGAUGGCUUCGAAGCUCGGUCCUCUGAUGUUCGUCCACUUCGGAAGCACUCGCUAUCUCGUGGUCUCCUCCGCCGACGCCAUUGACGAGAUCACCAAGAACCACGACACCAGUUUCUCGAACAGGCCGCCGAACACAUCUCUCACUCCCCUCAAAGGGUCUGGUCUGGACAUGGUGUACUCCCCCUACGGAGACCACUGGAAGCAAGUGAGGAAAGUCUCCGCGCUUCAUCUGCUGAGCAAGAACGUCGUCUACGGGUUCCAGAGCGCAAUAAGAGACGAGGAGAUCUCCGACAUGCUGAAAACGAUCCAGAGUUCAGCCCUCAAAAGGUCCGAUCUCGACCUGUCAGACGUGUUCCUCUCCCUCGUGAACAACGUCGUGUACAGAUCUUUCACGGGCCGGAGAUACGAGGAGGUGAAAGGGAUGAGCUUCGGAGAGUGGGAUCUCAAGUUCAAGAAGCUCAUGGGAGCGUUCUGCUUCGGGGAUCUGUACCCGAGCUUCGCCUGGAUGGACAGACUCACGGGUUACACGUCGAACCUGAAGAGAAUCUACGCAGAGUUGGAUGUUUUCAUGGAACAUAUGAUCAGCGAGAGCCGUGGACAGCAAGGCUACCUGGACGGCCUUUUCCAUCUCGAGGAGGAACAAAAACUCGAAUACCUCAAGGACAUCAAAGCAAUCGCACAGGGAAUAUACGUUGCGGCGGUGGAAUCGGUGGCAUUGGAGUUAGACUGGAUAAUGUCCGAACUGAUAAGGCACCCCGAAGCGAUGAGGAAAGUGCAAGAAGAGGUAAGAGGUAUCGUCGGAAACAAGACGAAGAUAACGAGCAACGACGUAGAUCAGAUGCAUUACUUGAAAUGUGUGAUCAAGGAGACAACCAGGCUUCACCCUCCGGGCAUCAUUCCUCGGGAAAUCGCCGAAGACGUGAAGAUAUACGGCUAUGAAAUCCCCGCGAAGACGAAGGUCCUCGUUAAUGCGCACGCUAUCCAGUCCGACCCCAAGAUCUGGGAGAAACCGAAAGAGUUUGUGCCCGAAAGGUUCGAGGGGACAAAGAUAGAUUACAUGGGAAACCACAAGGGGUUCAUUCCGUUCGGGUUUGGACGCAGGAACUGCCCGGGGAUGUCGCUGGGCGUCGCCUUGCUCGAGGACUCGAUGGCCAACCUGUUGUAUUGGUACGACUGGGAGAUGCCUAAAGGGUCAAAGCCUCAAGAUUUGAGCAUGGACGAGACAUUUCAGUUCGUUGUCUCCAGGAAAUACCCUCUUCGUCUUGUUCCAGUUGCUCGGUUCCCGGUUGAUUAGUUCUUUGUUUGGUCAGGUCGGUGAGACUUUUCCAAGUUUUUUUUAUGUAAUCUCUGUCUUCGUCGAGAGCUCCCAUGUAAGAUUGCUUAUGCAAUUUUUUUUUAUAUUAAUGCAUGAAUAAAACUAUAGCAAUA